AUCAACAAUUUUGAAAUGCCCAUAAAAAUUCACAGGACGAACCUCAGCACGACCGACUCGCACUCCAAUGAGUACAAGUUUUUAUUGAACAAGUCUCCGAGGAUAAUCAUACCAGAUUUACGUGUAAACAUGGCUGACAUAGCAUAUUCAAGUGUGGACAACGAAGUAUCCGAAAUUCUGAAUAAGUGUUUCGUUACCAGUUUUCGAAAUGGAUAYAUUAAAGCUAAUGAUGUCGUGUUGCCCGUGUACUUCAAGAAGUUUGGACAACGCAUACAGGAUAUGGACAUCAGAGACGAUGACAUUUGGGUCUGCAGUUACCCAAAAACAGGUUUCAAUUUAUUUAAAUAUCCAGCUAAAAACGUUUUGGUUUUGGAAGACCAUUUAAGUUUCGAAAGCAUGAAGAACAACAGAGCUGUGAAUUACGAGCCUGUUAUUGAGAUUAAUAAGACUCACAAUUUAAUUGAUGCUGAUGGAAGUUUCAUGAGAAGUGGUACAGUGGGAGGAGGAAAACAAAAAAUGUCACCAGAGUUUGUAAACAUUUUUGAUGAAUGGGAAGAGAAAUGUCUAGGGAAAAGUGGAUUAAAGUUUUGAAGAAAUUAACUAAGUAGUAAAGUGGUGUUAGGUGUUUAGUGCGAAUGUAAUUACAAAAAUAAUAAUAUUUAUUUAUUUAUUUAUUGGUUAUUAAACUUUGUGUACGUUCCGUAAACUAUUUUAUAGAUACAUAAUCACCGAUUUUCGCAUGAUGUGAUGAAUCAAUUGGCUACUCGUAUUUAAACGCAACAAUUUGGCUAUUGGAACCAAAUAACAGUUAAAAAUAUAAACCAUUUUGGUCUAUGGUUGUAUCUCUAUAAAAUUUACCUUUUGUUACAGUCACUACUGGAAGUUAGUGUAUACUACUUAAAAUAUAAACUACUAAAAAUUAUUUUCUUUAUUAUAAACUGUUUAAAUUAAGCGCCUUGUAUCACAUAUAACAUGAUUUAAUUUUGUUAAACUCGUAAGUAUAUAAUAAAUAAUAAUAAUGAAUUAACCAAAAAAAUAUAUUUUAUGGAAUCAACCAGUUAAUAUCACAAAAUUACCCAGACCACCGUCAUCACUAAUCACAUUACUUGGAACUCUCUACAAUAAUGAUAUAUUAUUAUCGUAUAGUUUUUUUUUUAUACAUUUCUUAUGAGUAUGAAUUUUGUUAAUAUCUAAGCAUUUCAACUAUUUGAUAUUAAAAUAAKAAUCAAAUAUUAAUAUGAUAGUAUGUAGUUGUUUUUUAGAUAAAUACCUAUAUUA